GGUUAAAGUCAUGUUGACGGCGAUGCUCUCUCACCGACGGUUAAAUCAACCAGCGUCCCCCACCAACCGGCCUGGGCCCUUUUUGCCCCGCGUUGGUUUGUGGUAUGAUGUGUUGUUAACUGUAUUAUUAUUGCCAGACUGACACCCCAGUUAUUAUUAUUAUUUAUUAGUACUACUAUACGAUUUUUCUCAGGCUCAAUUCCGGCAGUGCGUACUUGGGAAGGUUAUAUUAUUGUCUUUUCGCACCUUUUAACUGUAUACUCUGCGUCACGCAGCUUGAGACCGCUUUCCGCCACAUAGCUAGCAAUAAGGCAGUUGGCAUUGCGCACUUCAGACAAGAAAUAUUCCAUACAUUAUGUCGAACCUGAGUGAAACGGGAGAGAAUCUCUCUUUCGUCCUCGAGGGCAUCCACAAGGUCAAAUUCGAGCCUCGUCCGGUCCCCGAGCUCAAGGACCCUCACGAUGUGUUGGUCAAUGUCAGAUAUACCGGUAUCUGUGGAAGUGAUGUCCACUACUGGGAACACGGUUCGAUUGGCCAAUUCGUCGUCAAGGACCCCAUGGUCCUUGGUCAUGAAUCCUCCGGCGUCAUCGUCAAGGUUGGCUCUGCCGUCAAGAGCGUCAAGCCCGGAGACCAGGUCGCUCUGGAGCCCGGCGUCCCCUGUCGCAGAUGCGAGCCCUGCAAGUCGGGCAAAUACAACCUCUGUUACAACAUGGCCUUCGCCGCCACUCCUCCCUACGACGGUACUCUGGCAGAGUUCUACGUCCUGCCCGAGGACUUUUGCUACAAGCUCCCUUCGUCGAUGACUCUCCAGGAGGGAGCGGCCAUUGAGCCUCUCGGAGUUGCCGUGCAUAUCGUGAAGCAGGCGGACGUGCGACCGGGAACUUCCGUUGUCGUCUUCGGAGCUGGUCCUGUUGGAUUGCUGUGCUGUGCGGUCGCCAGGGCGUUCGGAGCCAGCAAGGUCAUCGCCGUUGAUAUCCAGCCGACUAGACUGCAGUUCGCGAAGAAGUACGCCGCGACCUCCGUCUUUGCUCCGGAGAAGGUGCCCGCCGUACAGAACGCGGCCCGCAUGAAGGAGGAGAAUGAUCUCGGCCCCGGUGCAGAUAUCGCCAUCGAUGCGUCUGGCGCAGAGCCCUCCGUGCACACUGGUAUUCACGUCCUGCGGACCGGAGGUACCUACGUCCAGGGAGGAAUGGGCAAGGACGAGAUCACAUUCCCUAUCAUGGCCGCAUGCUCUAAGGAACUGAACAUCAAGGGCAGUUUCCGUUACAGCAGCGGCGAUUACAAGCUGGCUGUUGACCUGGUUGCCUCAGGCAAGGUCAAUGUGAAGGAGCUGAUUACGGGCACGGUCAAGUUCCAGGAUGCGGAGCAAGCAUUCAUGGACGUCAAGGCUGGAAAGGGAAUCAAGACACUCAUUGCUGGUGUGCGCGCUUGAAUCCCUUUUUCCUCCUGGAUGAUGAGCAUGAACCGCAUUACGUUAGGUGUUUGGUGUUGUAUAACGAAGCUAGCAAUUUCCACUGGGGAGUGGGGAAAAUCAGCGCUACUCAUCAUUUGAGCAUAUCUAAGUUGUUUGGUUCACGGCGGAGAGUUGUAUCGUGUCCUGUGGGGUGGCAGGAGAUUCAAUGCAGUUGAAGCAAAAU